UGUUUUCCUGCUUCUCUCUGCUGUAACUGUGGUGGGUGUGAAAGAGAGAAAGAAGAUGACGGACUCAGUGAUCUACACAGAAGUUAAGUUCAAAAAGUCUGCUGGUGAGGAUACUGGGACAGGAGUGGGAAAGGUACACAUUAACCGUGCUGACACGCAGACUCAAUGUAACUCCAAACUCAUCUGGGUCUUGUGUGGAGCCAUCUUCAUUCUUUUGACAGCUGUCAUCGGAAUGGCCAUCAAAAUGGUCAGACUCCAUGGAGAAUCGAGUAGAUGUGGUCUCCAAUUUCAGGGAGGACAACAGAGGCCUGACAGAUCCAAUACUGAAAUCCCACCCACAUUGCCUCUGUGUCCAGUCAACUGGGUCACAUACAAGGAGCUGUGUUACUUCAUUGGCUCCACGAAGAUAACCCGGUCAUCCGCCCUGGAGUCCUGCUCCAAUAUCUCUUCUCAGCUGGCUAAUACAGAGGAUACAGACACACUGAGGGUUUUACGACAGCACAUGGCCGAUACAAGCUACUGGAUUGGCCUGAACAGGUUAGGAAAAGAGAAUGGCACUAGCUGGUUCUGGAUGGACGACAGGCGGCUGCAGAUGACGUCUUUCUUCAGUAAUACUGAUCAUUCCGAGAGAUACUGUGCCACAGUGUCCAAGCAAACCAUUUAUGCAGAAAAAUGUGAUGAACAGAAGAGUUAUAUCUGUGAGAAGAAAGCCAGGGCUUAAGCUCGAUGGCAAUUAGGCUCCUGAAAACAAUGCAACAUUAGGUUGUUAUGUAAUAUGUAUUUUUAUUUUAUUUCAUUCAUUUCGUACAAUUCGUACUUUGUUUCUUUGAUUAAACUGAAGCAUUAUUUGUACAAAAAUGAAAUUCCUUGAAUGCUUCAACAAGAACAAUAAAACCUGCGAGUAUCCCCUG